AUGGAGCAAAUCAGUGUUGACCAGAAAGUUCUCAACAUCUGCCAAGAAUUGCGAGCUCCGCCUACGGUGUUGACUCCGAAGCAAUUCAUCCAACGCUUCCUCACAAGUAGCAACUCUGAUAUAGCCUACUUGCGUCGAUUUUGGGCGGCUCCCAGUGGAAUAGAGUCCACUAUGAGUCUCAUUGCAUCUUUACGCCAUGAAAUCAAUAGGACGGAUUCAGGGCGGCAGGCUUGGUAUGAUUUUAUUCUGGAAGAGGCCAUCAACAUCACGGCCACUCAGAUCCCACCUACUGGGAACUACCCCGCUGGUCGUUUUCACAUGAGUUCAACAACGGUUAAGCAGGGUUUCUUCACCGCUGAAACACAGGCCAUACAUGAUGGUGUGCUCACCGAGCUAGACAUGCCUUUUGUGUUUGAUCUAAUGAUGGGCAUGCUGAAUGCCCAACCUCCCAAGAAUGCUGAUCAGCAGGAGGAGAGUGGUGUACCUGCUUCUGCUGAAGUUAUCACCAACGACCUUGCUUCCCCUGAUGUUCUAUCCGGGAUCUCUUACACCCAAGUGGCCCAUGCACAGGAUCGCUUUCAACAGCGGGCGCAUAGAGUAGGUGGUUAG